UUAGACACUCGGAGGUAAACAACCCGCUAACAUGGCAGGCUAACUGCUGAGAAAAAGAGAGUGUGAAAUUUGUUUUAUUUCGGAAAGCAGGAGUUGUUUUAAAGAUUCAUAGAAGUCUUUUUUGUUUGUGUUGUAGUGAGUUCAAGUGUUUAAAGGUGUGAAAUAUACGUUUGUUUAUCCUUACAAAAGCAAAAGCUCAGCUGCAAAAUGAGCAACAUAUACAUUCAAGAGCCACCAACAAGUGGAAAGGUCCUGAUGAAGACUACAGCAGGGGACAUUGACAUUGAGCUGUGGUCGAAGGAGGCUCCUAAAGCUUGCAGAAACUUUGUGCAGCUGUGUAUGGAAGGUUAUUAUGAUGGCACAAUUUUCCACAGAGUGGUGCAGGAUUUUAUCAUUCAAGGAGGAGAUCCAUCUGGAACGGGGCUAGGUGGAGAGUCCAUCUACGGCCGUCCUUUCAAAGAUGAGUUUCAUUCCAGGCUGCGCUUCAUUCGGAGGGGUUUGGUUGCCAUGGCAAACGCUGGAACACAUGACAAUGGCAGUCAGUUUUUCUUCACGUUGGGGCGAGCAGAUGAGCUCAAUAACAAGCACACAAUAUUUGGAAAGGUGACAGGAGACACGAUUUAUAAUCUGCUCAGAUUAGCAGAAGUUGAAUGUGAUGCUGAUGAAAGACCACUGAAUCCUCACAAGAUCAGAACCACCGAGGUGCUUCAUUCUCCUUUUGAUGACAUCGUACCUCGUGAAACAAAGAAAGGAAGAAAGGAAAAAGACAAGGAGGAGGCGAAGAAGUCCCAGUCAAAAGCCACAAAGAACUUCAGUCUUUUAUCAUUUGGAGAAGAAGCUGAAGAAGAAGAGGAGAUGGUGAAUCAAGUUAGCCAGACAUUUAAGGGAAAAAGCAAAAGCAGUCAUGACCUGUUGAAAGAUGAUCCCAGACUGAGUUCUGUUCCAGCUGUUGAUAAGAGAAAAAAACAACAGAAACCUGGAGAUGAAGCUGAUUCGGACAAUGAGGCAGAUGAUGACGCUGAGGAUGAUGUGCAUGCUGGUGAAGAAUAUGACUUGGACAAGAAAGAAAAGCUGAGAGAACUUAUCAGUCAAAAACUGAAGACAGAAAAAGGUGCAGAGAGAGCAACUGACCCUAGUGACGAAGAGCGAGGAAGAAAGAGCAGCCGCAGUGAUGAACUAAGGAAGGAGGUCCGGCAGCUGAAGAAGGAACUUCAGGCCAUAAAGCAAAGGAAAGAAGAAAGUUCCAAGCCUGCUGCAGAGGAAGUUAAGGAGGGUAUGUGCGCAGCAUUUAUUACUGCCCACCGCUAA